AUGGCGUGUACCAUUUGUCUUAAUCCUGAUGGAAAACCGGUAAAAUUCCGGAAAGAAAACGAUACUAUGGGUGAUGUAGAUGUGCCUGAUGAUCGAUUGUAUGGCGCUCAAACCGUGAGGUCUAUCAUUCACUUUCCUAUCGGCGGAAUUGAGGAAAGAAUGCCUUAUCCUAUCAUAGUUGCUUUCGGAAUAUUAAAAAAAGCUGCAGCUAAAGUAAACUUGCAGUAUGGAUUGGACAAAAAGAUUGCGGAGGCAAUAAUGUCAGCGUGUGACGAAGUAAUUUCUGGAAAAUUAUACCGAGAGGGUCAUUUUCCUCUUGUUAUCUGGCAGACUGGUUCAGGAACGCAGUCAAAUAUGAACGCCAAUGAGGUGAUUGCGAACAGAGCUAUUCAAAUAAUGGGAGGAAGAUUGGGUAGCCAAGAUCCAGUACAUCCAAAUGAUCACGUUAAUAUGUCUCAAAGUUCCAACGACACUUAUCCUACUGCCAUGCAUAUUGCUGUAGGAAUGGAAAUUCGUGAUCGACUAAUACCCGGACUCGUGGCUUUGAGAGAUACAUUGGAUUCAAAAUCUAAAGAAUUUGCUCACAUAAUCAAAAUCGGCAGGACCCAUUUGAUGGAUGCUGUACCUUUAACUCUUGGUCAGGAAUUCAGUGGUUAUGCCUAUCAGCUUACCAUGAGUAUUGAAAGAGUGUGUUCAGCUCUACCCAGAUUACAUUUAUUAGCGAUAGGUGGAACUGCCGUCGGUACUGGUUUAAACACCCGUGUCGGUUUUGCUGAAAAAUGCGCUGCUGAAAUAGCAACUCUGACAGGGAUCCCUUUCUCAAGUGGACCUAACAAGUUUGAGAUGCUAGCAGCUCACGAUGCUUUGGUAGAAGUAUCUGGCGCUCUCAAUACCAUUGCAGUUUCACUAAUGAAAAUUGGCAAUGAUAUAAGAUUAUUAGCAUCGGGACCUCGCUGUGGUUUAGCUGAGCUGAUAUUGCCAGAAAAUGAACCAGGCUCUUCAAUUAUGCCGGGUAAAGUAAAUCCAACACAGUGCGAAUCCUUAACAAUGGUUGCAGCACAGGUGAUGGGUAAUCACGUGGCAUGUACGAUAGGAGGCAGCAAUGGCCAUCUUGAACUUAACGUAUUUAAACCCAUGAUAGUGGCAAAUGUACUGCGAUCUAUUCGUUUAAUUGGCGAUGGAUGCCAAGCGUUCAAUGCACAUUGCGCAAAGGGUAUUCAAGCGAACGAACACAAGAUUGCUCAAAUCAUGACUGAAUCUCUUAUGCUUGUCACCGCGCUGAAUCCUUACAUAGGCUACGACAAGGCGGCAUUAAUUGCUAAAACUGCUCACAAAGAAGGCGGAAACUUAAAACAAACUGCUGUCAAGCUAGGGAUUUUGACAGCAGAUCAAUUCGAUCUAUGGGUCGUACCUCAAAAUAUGCUUGGGCCUAAUUAAAAACGGACAAGUUCAAUAGAACUUGUAGAACAUUGCGCUGUACUGUUUAUAUGGCUACCAAAGAUUCAUUAAAUAGGUGACGCUUAGUUCUAAAACAGAAUAAUAAGAUUAGUUCACUUGCUGAUUAUAGUUCACUUGGUUCGUAAUUCAUUUUAGUCUCCCGUGACCCAGCAAAGUACGAAGCGCUAAACGUCUAUACAUUAAAAUUUACUAAAUAUAAUUACAUGCUUCAGGCCCUAGUAAGCAUGUCCUAAGUUUUGUAUGAAAAACGUAUUUUUCUACAUACCCUAUGAUUAUAUAGAAUACCUACAUAGCUCUAAAUUUAAAUGCUAUGUUCUCAUUAUAACGUACACUGAGCGUUUUCGUGAUCAUAGGUUUCAUAUUACAUUUUGAUGUACCUGUACACGGUCCUAGGAAGUUACAUCUCCGGGUGAAAAUUUUACAUCUUAAAUUUUAAAACCCCAAGUAUGUGACAUGACAUUACGUUCAUGGCAUAAAUAAACAACAAGGUCCUAAAAAAGGAGAAAAAUUUUCGGCUAAUGUUCGACAUAUUGAAAAUGCAUAAAUAGACCGUGAACAACAUUCAUUUUGCCA